CUCUGGAGCUAAUUGCUGCAGUUCCCCUGCCCAUGGGGAUGGGAGGGCUGGGGCUCACGUAGAAGCCCACAGCCACGAGCAUGCCGAAGCUCCCCAAGCCCUCUCCACUCCUGAGCAUCCCUCGGGCCAGCGCUGGUGUGCUUUCAGGGCUCUUUUCCUCACCAGCCCUGAGCCCACACGUGCACCCUCCCAGAUUCAGGAACAGAGCCCGUGGGGGGGGCACAGAGACCGGGAAGGGGUCUGCUGAGGGAUGCUGGGGCAAAUUCUCCUUGGCACGGCAGCAGACAACCCCCCCUUGAUGCUCCUGCGUCCCUCUUUGGCCUCGCUCCUUGCGGAAAGCUUCCAUGGGCAGUGAAAACCAAACGAUGGCCACCGACUUCAUCUUCGUGGGGUUCUCCAGCCUGGCGGAGCUGCAGAAGCUGCUCUUCGGGGUGUUUUUGCUUCUCUACCUGCUCACACUGAGCAUGAACACGGCUAUCAUGACUGUCAUCAGGGUGGAGCGGAGCCUUCACACACCCAUGUACUUCUUCCUCUGCGUCCUGUCCUUCUCUGAGACCUGCUACACCCUCGUGAUCGUCCCCAAGAUGCUGGUGGACUUGGUGGCGGAGAGAAAAGCCAUUUCCUUCUUGGGCUGUGCCGUCCAGAUGUACUUCUUCCUCCUGCUGGGCUGCUCCCACUCCUUCCUCCUGGCGGCCAUGGGCUACGACCGCUGCGUCGCCGUCUGCCGCCCGCUGGCCUACAGCAGCAUCAUGACCCGGCGGCUCUGCGCGCAGCUGGUGGCCGCGUCGGCGCUCAGCGGGCUGCUGGUGGCCCAGCUGGUCACCCCCCUGGUGUUCUGCUCGCCGUUCCAGGCCAGCCGGCAGCUCGAGCACUUCUUCUGCGACAUCUCCCCCGUCCUCUGCGUGGCCUUCAGGCAGAGCCACGCCGGCGAGGCCGUUAUCGUGGCGCUGGGCGUCUUCGCCCUGAUGGUCCCGCUGACGCUGCUCCUGGCUUCGUACCUCUUCAUCCUCGCCGACGUCCUGCGCAUCCCCUCGGCCGCGGGGAGGCACAAAGCCUUCUCCACCUGCAGCGCCCACCUGGCCGUGGUGCUCGUGCACUACGCCUGCGCCUCCCUCAUCUACCUGAGGCCGGGCUCCAGCUCCUGGUCAGGCCAGGACGCGCUGAUCUCGGUCACUUACACCAUCCUCACCCCCCUGCUCAACCCCAUGAUUUACACCCUGAGGAACAAGGACGUCAAAGCGGCUCUCUGCAAAGCCAUCAGGAAAACACAAAUUUCUGCAGAAUGUUUUCCAGGAAAGAGGUCAAGGUGAGCAGCGUCCCCAGUGGGUCUUUCCAACCUGCAGCCUCCCCUUCCAAAAAGCAUCGCUCCUUUUCCACGAGCCCUGUGGCUCCCAGCAGAUCUUCAGCAAAGCCAUGACAGCGAAGCACGGCUGCUAAGAAGGAUGAACAAAUUCCAGGCACAGCGAGAGUGGGAAAACCAACUUCAAUUUCUUUUUGAAUAUAGAAACCCAAUUUCUUUUUGAAGGUGGAAAUCCAAAUUUCCACCCCUGUGCCAGCAAAGCUUCCAGCUGUACAACCUGAGACAUUUAGUGAAGAAGAAUCAUAGGUGUCAAAAAUAUUUCAAGGGGAAACUCCAUUUUUUUUCAGGAGAUCGCAAGCACAGGACCAUAUUCAUGGUGUGUAUCAAGUUUGUAUAUUGCGGGGCCCAUCAACAAAGCCUGCAAGGAACCGAGCUCCUGCAAGGGAUUUCCUCCUUCGAAUGGCAUCAUCUCGCCUUCACCAGGGGCUGAAUUAACCCAUCUGCUGUGUUCACAUCCUGGGAUGCACAAAGUUGACCACAAAAGCCUGUUUUUUCCUCCAAAAUGAAGGUGUCAUCUCUUCAUCAAUGAGAAAGUGGAAUUGGCAAAGCAAGGAAGUAAAACUUUUCCAAGAGGAAAAGCCCCUGAAGAACUAGUUGUUUUUAAAACCCUGGGGUUCCCUCCCUCCGCAGGGGGGAUUGCCCCAGUCAGUCGAAGGCAACUACCAGGAAAACCCAAAAGGCUCCUGAAACUUUUAUUUCUAGGGCUUGUCACAGCAGCAGAGGCAGGCAUGCUUUCUCCAAACCUUCAUGUCACAUUGCAACCUGGCAAGCUCUGACGCGGCAGAACUCAGGUUAUUCCUCUGAUUUAUUUUCAUUUUAUUGUGAGGUAUGUGGGUCUAAAAUCCAGACCUGAUUUUACUACUGAGUAAAAUCAGUACUACUGAGCCCAUGCAGGGGGUGGGGAUGGAGUAAGGAAUGGGACCAGGGCACUGCAAUCCCCAAAAGCCACAUGGGGACCUUUUGCAACCUUUUUGAAAGAGCACUUCGUAAAUCAGGGACCAGGAGCUGCAAUGCGAGGCCCCAGAAGAUGAAAAAGAGAAACAACAGGGAGGAAGAAACCCAUGGGGACAGGAGAGGCUACAGGAUCUGGAGCUGCUUGAUGCGGAGAGAAAGCAGCUGCAAGGAAGCUCCCAGGACCAUAAAGGGCACCUCCCUGUGCCCCCCACUCUGGUAUUUUACAUACUACUGACAUUGGAGAUCAUUAAACAACCGAGUUGCCGUCACAGCAGACCUCAGCCAGCCUUACUGCUGUGCUUAAAAAAAAACAAACAAGACACCCGUGAGGAUUUAAUCACAAUUUUAUUCUGCAAACUCAGCAUUUUCAAUUCUAAAAUUCAAAAAAAAAAAAUAUAACAAUAAAAGGUGGUGCUGCCUCUCAGGGAAUGUACAGCUUCCUGCAAUCUUCGACCUAAACCAAAAACAGUACGGAGAGAGCAGAACUAAGCAAAUCUACAGAACAAGACAGAGGAGCGCACGCCUGCUCACAGGGCAGAGCAGCUGGGUCCCUGCCCUUGAACAAAAGCGGAACGCCGCUUCCAGCUGCACACAGUAAGACAGGAAGAGGAAGAAAAAAAAA